GGGGGAAACCUUCUUGGAAGGGGUGAAAGAGAUGUUCAUAGAAGAGGAGGAGGAUUCCAGUGAUGAGGAGGACGGGGACGAGAUAGAGGGCUGGGACUUCUGAAGGGGGGGGACUUACCCGGGGAAAACGGGUUGUCAACUAUGUGCAGGUAGGGAGUGAUGGCCCGGGAAUUCGAGCCGUGGGAUUGCACAUGGGAACCAAGACGAACCGGAAGAGGAGUAGAGAUGUCAAUACCGCCGAGCUAUGAAUGGAAGGGGACCACAUGUGAUUGGCGAGGGUAUGAGAUCGUGCCGGAGCUAUCGUACCUAUGGAUAGAGCGUGUCUGGAACCCGUUGAGGGAAGAGGAAGGAUGGGAAGAGAUGGCGGAACGAAGGGUGGAAUCAGUCGGGACGAUCGUUCUCUCUGAACAAGGUUGGCACCUGUUCUGCACAACGCUCGCGGCAGGACAGGACCCGAUGUGGCUUUUAGGGGACGUUGAGGCAAGAGCUCGGCAGGCGGGGGAAAGGCUUGCUAACAAAGGUUGGGAUACGGUCAGCAGUAGAGUCGUGAUGGGAGGAUGGAAGGAAUUUAAACCGCCUGGCACCCGAACCAAGAUCUGGGUGCCCGAGUUCGUGGUGGACUGGUUUGGGGGUUUUGCUCACGUAACAAAGGUAGCCGACACGAUGGAACGAAUACACGUGAACUGCGCAUGGCUGGCAGAGGAAUUAUAUAGGAUGUCCUUGAAAUUUGGGUCCUUCCACAACGAUAAAGUCUGGGAGGUUCUUAUCAUUUUGGAGAUUGAGAGGAAUGACCGACAGGAGGUGGCCCCGGAAACUAGGGAGGCCAUAAUCCGCCGUGAGGUAGCAGCAACACCUUCUUAUGUGGAUGAUGUGUUCAAAUUGUUCGAGGGUUCGAUGCGGAUUGCGAGCCAAGAGAUCAAAGGCGAGUGCGUGAUGGCGCGAAGAAGGACGUGCCUCGAGGAACGCCCCUUGGGCAUUGAACCACCUAGGGAAGUACCGGGUGGGGUAGAGGUUAGCUUGCCGGCGGCAAGUGACGGCUGGCACCAAGUGGCAGAUGAGGUCGGGGUCGAGCUUGCGGAAAAUAUGGUCUACUUGGUGACGAAAGUUGAGUGGCAUGCGGAUGAGAAUGGGGAAUGGAACCUGGAUCCGCGGGGGCAUGUGAGUGCAGAAGGACGGUUGUAUGUGUCAGAGGAUGGGUGGAGGGAGUUCGGAGUUCGGCUGGCAUCGGGAGAAGACCCGUUGAGCAUGUUUGAAGGGGCAUGGCAGUUAGUAUAGCUAGGUAAAGAAAUGGCGACUGAGGAAGGAAUCAAUGACCAGCAGAGCGGAGGGAAUCAGGGCACUAAUGGGGAUGGGGAACGAAACGAGGGAUCAGCCAGGGAUCGAGAGUCGGCCAAACUGGAAGGAACCCGAGAAGACGGAAAGGACGCCUCAAUUGGAGAAAGCUCGGGGAAAGCUGGGGGUAACAAAAGGGGACCUCAGGAAGACAGGGAAGGGGGAAAUGAUAUGAGAACAAGCCCUCGGAACUCAGCAGGAGUCACCCCUAAAAAGACAAAAGUCUCGGAUGCCAGUCGUAAAUUGGCAGAGAUAGAAAAACAGACUGCAAAAUUUAAGGCAAGGCUUAUCGAGCAGAUGAUAGCCGAGGAUGAAGAGGACCCCCAGGGCGCAGGGUCACGUGAGGGACACAGGACCGGUCAAGACGAGGCUAGGUAUGAGGGGAAGGAUAAUAGCCACAAAGGAACGCCUAGUAAGAAGGGGAAGGACAAGAACGAUCCCCCGACGGAGGAGACGAAAAACGCUAUGACCCCACCCGCCAUCGACAACGGCACCAGCAGACUACCCGCCACGCCGAAAGCCAAUUUUAUCCUAGAAGGCAAUGACCAGGAUAGGGUAAAUAUUACCACUCGCCGGGCCGGCGCAGAAAAGAAACUUAUUCAAGAUACAGUAAUGGAAGAACUCGCAGGGACUAGCACGGGCCAGCAAGAGACCGAAGCCGGGGAACAAGAGAAGGUAUAUGGGAAGCCAAGGGAGGACGAACCGGUAGACAAGGCUACGGCGGCAAAGAAGAAGUUCAGGUAUCAAAUUCCGAUCUUGACUUCUCCAGAAAUCGAUGGCACCUUGAGUAAGCUACUGGGUACCAUGGUAUCGGUGUCCUUUCAGACCAUGCUGCAAGCCAGCCCAAGGCUGCUUAAAGGACUCAGGCAGUUGCUAACGCGUAAGCGCGUAGAGGUAGAGGAGGCCCCGGAACUGCAAGAGCAGGACAAGGAAGAGGCCGAGGCACCGCAAGGAGUCUCCAACCUCCAAAGCAUUCCAAAGGGCCUAGGAGAUUUGGAGAAAGCCUUUGUGGACAUCCGACUUAGCCUACCGUAUCGUGAAGGUGGCGAAGUCAUGAGGGCGCCACCCGAAACAAAGCUUAGCUUUCAUGCAUUACCAGUUGGGAAACUUAAAGUUCAAAUCGGAACUCACCACACUGACGCGUUAGUGGACGGCGGAGCAGAAAUCACCUUCAUAAGACGAGAUUUCGCAACGGUCACGGGGUGCACGGUAAACAAGGAAGUAGCAGGGAGUAUCCGGGGAGCUGGUGGCGAAAUUCCUUUCACAGGGUAUGCCACCAAAUGUACAGUCAGGGCGGGAAUCCGGGAAUCCAUCUGGUCCUUUCAGCGGAUGACCGUGAUGGAAGAAAUGAAUUACGACGUAAUCCUCGGGAGACCAUGGUGCGCCAAUGUGGAAAUGAUAGGAAUGCAUCUGCACGACGACACAUACAUGGUAGACAUAGAGGACCCAGUGACUGGCCGCGGGGAACUCCUCCGACUUCUUGGGACCGAAGGGGACCCUCCGAAGGGCAAAUUGGCAACCUGGUCUCCAACAUUCGAAGAAAGUGCACGGGAGGGGGCAUUCUCAUGAAUGGAAGGCAUGAGGGAAAGGAUAGAAAUUAUGAUCGAGGAGGCUUUUAGUAAAAAGGAAUGGAUCAA